CCGCGCGCGGUUGUCUUGGAGAGGGACGCGUACGCUGGUGGGAUCUGGUCGGUAGACGCAGAAUAGAGACCCCUGAUUCAGCCACCCCUGGUGGGCCCCGCAGAGUCUGGUCCUUCCAUCCCGCCCCCACGAGGGUCCCAGAGGCGCCGCGGACAGCACCAGCAUGUCCAGCGAGUCGAGCGCGCCGGGGGCCUCACCCAGGGCCCCGCGUCCAGGGGCUCAGAAGUCGUCAGGCGCGGUGACCAAAAAGGGAGAGCGCGCAGCCAAGGAGAAGCCAGCGACAGCCCUGCCGCCUGUAGGCGAGGAGGAGCCCAAAAACCCUGAGGAGUACCAGUGCACCGGGGUCCUCGAGACCGACUUCGCCGAGCUCUGCACGCGGUCGGGCUACACGGACUUCCCCAAAGUUGUCACCAGGCCCCGCCCCCACCCGACCUUCGUCCCCUCCGCCUCCAUGUCAGAAAAGCCCGCCCUAGACGAUCAGCGGCUGUCGGGGUCCUGCAGCCUCAACAGCCUGGAGAGCAAAUACGUGUUCUUCCGGCCCACCAUCCAGGUGGAGCUGGAGCAGGAGGACAACAGGUCGGUGAAGGAAAUCUACAUCCGCGGUUGGAAGGUGGAGGAUCGGAUUCUGGGUAUCUUCUCUAAAUGUCUGCCCUCCCUCAGCCAGCUACAGGCCAUCAACUUGUGGAAGGUGGGGCUGACUGAUAAGACCCUGACCACCUUCGUCGCCCUCCUGCCUCUCUGCUCAUCCACGCUCAGGAAGGUGUCUCUGGAGGGGAACCCACUGCCAGAGCAGUCAUAUCACAAGUUCAUGGCACUGGACACGAUCGCGCAUUUGUCUCUGCGGAACAACAACAUCAAUGACCACGGGGCGAAGCUCCUGGGCCAGGCGCUGUCCACGCUGCACAGUUGCAACCGGACCCUUGUCUCGCUCAACCUGGGCUUCAACCACAUCGGGGACAAGGGCGCCGGCUACAUUGCGGACGGCUUGCGGCUGAACCGUUCCCUGCUCUGGCUGUCCCUGGCCCACAACCGCAUUCAGGACCAGGGCGCCCUGAAGCUGGCCGAGGUCCUGCGCCCCUUCCCGCUGACGCACACCGAGGUGGUGGAGCGCCGGCGCCUCCUGCUGGAGAGGGGGACGCAGGAGCGACUGCGAUCGCCCUCUUCCUCUCGACAUGGGGACUCGAAAGCGGAACGUGAGAAGAGCCAGGUGAUGGGGAUCAGCAGUAUGGUGUUGGCGGACAAGAUGGACAAGAUGCAGGCGAUGAAAACGCCUAAGGGCCUGGGCAAGAAAAAGGACAAACCGGGGGAAAUGGUCAAGAAAGAGGAGAAAUCAGGGUCUGGGCCAUCGCCCACACAAGGAGCCCCUAAGAAAGAAGACACCACAAAGGCAGGCAAGGGGAAGGUAACCAUCCCUGAGCAGAAGCCAACCAAGGGAAAGGGGACCAAGACUGGGAACAAAGAGAAGCGCAGCAUUCUCCUGGAGUCUGAGCAGCUGGUUGCUGAAGCUACUGAGGUGGUCAACCCUCUCCUGGAGCCUGUGGAGCACCGAGAUGGGAAAGUUUUCAUGCCUGGAAACAAGGUCCUUUUGCACCUCAACCUCGUCCGAAAUAGCAUCACAGAGAUGGGGCUGGAGGGCUUUCUCGCUGCAGUGCAGUACCAGGUGAAGUUCUCCAAGGCCAAGAGUGCAUCCAAGGGCCCAGUGGGGCUGCUGUGGCUGUCCCUGGCGAAAAACUGCUUCGCCCCGCAAUGUCUUGCGUAUGCCAUGAUCCAGGAGCUGAUGCUGCCAAGGGACCCCAUCAAGGCCAAGCUCAGGGAGGAGGAGGCCAUGGCUGUCUCCACCUAGACACCCCCCCAUCUGCUUCCCUGACACUGAGUCACAAAAACUGUCCCUGUGGGCUGACCUCCCUGGGGAGGUCAGACUAAUAACAGUCUACUGCUAUACUUU